AUGGCCGUUACGUAUGCCGCCACGGCCAGUGAUCCUAUUGACUCGGUACGUUUCCAUCUCUAGAAGCAUUUCGUUAAUCCAUGUGCCAGUUCUAACCGGCUUAUGUGCAAGUUUGAUCAUUUCUCCAGAGUUCAGUUAGUCUGAAAUACUAAAUAGUCAAUCCUCAAAUCUAACCCUCCAGAUUCGAAUAACGGCAACGUAUCGCCGUUUGUUUUUAUCUUAUUUCAUCUCAAUGAUCCGUCUGAUAGUGCAAAACAAUGGCGCCUUCUGACCCUGAUCGUUUGUAACCAGUCUGUUUCGACUGGCCAUUCGCAUCAUGCGCCCAAUCAGCUGAUUCCUUUUUUAUCACCUCGAAGAUGUGUAGUUUGUGAUAGCUGCUGUUAUUGUGGCUUCUGUGACCAAAAAUGUUCCCGGACAGGACGAGUGUAGCCUAGACAAAAUGUGUUGUCGGAAUAAAUCGUCCGAUCAUUCGACCUCGCAGUAUUUGAUUCGAUAUCGUUCAGAUCUCCAGCCAAGGAGCGGAGAUUCUCAACAAAGCGAAACUAACAGGACAGUCGGUGAGACAAUGCUCGUGUGCGGAGCAGAGAAUCUGUGUGGAGGAGAUGAAGUCUCAGGCGAAGGACUGCACUGUCCCCUGCUUCCAAAAGUUUUCUACUGUGAGUUUGAAGGUUUGGAAAACGUAAUGAAGACGGAACAAAGUUGCAGAUCACUGCCCGUCCGAAUGAUCUGAAGAAAUGUUUCGACGAGAAGGAUAACAUCCUCGAGGAUUUCCUGACCUGUUUCGAGAACCGCGUGGAAGCGUAAGACAUUCCUCUGUGAUGCAAUGUGGACAGUUUGUGUUCAGAUGUGUGAGUGACCAACACGGCCCACAGAUCCAGAAGACCGACAUCCGCGGAAUUUUCAAGGUGACCGAAAAGAGCAUCGCCACGCAGACAAACACGUUCCAAACGAUGAUCAAACCCAUCAAGCACAUUUUGGAUGCGACUGGCGAGUUCGCUCUUUGCGUCAAAGACUGCUUCCUGGAGAGAAACAAGGGCGGCUUCUGCUUCGACAGAAAAGCGUGAGUACACUUGAUCCAUGGUAUUUCGAGAAUAGAAUAGUGACCAACGAACAAAUCGCCGAGGCCGCCAAUCACAAACCACCGUUUUGGGCAUCCGAACCGGUUCGGCCACUUGAAACUAAUCAUCAACAAGUUCAGAUGUCAACCUUUGGUUGCCGAAUCGAAGGCGAGACAGUCGUUCCGUACGUGCACCAAGAAGAUGCACUGGAAGCGGGAGGCCGGAGAGCUGUGCGAAUGCUCCGUGAACGCCGGCGUCGAGUGAGUUCCCCGUUGGCUUCAGAUCCUCACUUCUCUUUGUUAGUUCCAGAGAGCUCAGACAGUACUGCGCCAUGUUCAAGCUGAUGGGCAGACGUGCUCCGAUGAGAAAGACCCGUGGAUGA